AUGGCGGUCUUACGAGCUCCUCCGCCGAGGAGAAAGGCGUGCGAGCGAUGUAUGAAGGGCAAGCGACGGUGCGAUUUGCAGCGACCCUCCUGCGGACGCUGCAGGGACGGCAGUUGGUCUUGUACAUACAGUCCACCUGAUGCCGGAAAACUAGACUCGCCUAAUACGACGAAGUCCGCACCCGCACCGCUGGUGGACAAGGCCGAAGUCAAGUUCGAGCCGGUCACCUACCCACCGCAGGACUUCGCGCAGGAAGUGAGGCUCCCGCCGCAGAGGCUCACAUACUGUGCCACCAAGCUACAGGAGAGCACCGUCGAGAUGGCAAAAGGCGUCGAAACGUUCUUCAUCAAGCCAAUGUCUAGUCGGACGCAGCUGCCGCGACCGUUGCAAGACGCCUUCGUCGCAUGUUCGUUACAUCUGUCUACCACCGACUCCAAUUCGCACUUCGUCCGGCACGUUCUCCUCGAGACGUAUUCGGCGUACCUGUCAGCUGAAGAAGACCUCGACUUCGAGGCCGAGCUUGCCAAAGUUCAGGCAGCUGUACUGCUUCACAUCCCGCUGCUGUUUGACGGAGAUAUUAGGUACCGGUCCUUAGCAGAGUCGUACAUUGACACACUGAGGGAGAAGGUGCUGCAUCUCCAGCGCCGCGACGCUGCUGAAAUGCCCGAACACAUCAGAUCCUCACGGUACGCAAGGUGGCUGUUCAUGGAAAGCGUGCGCCGCACUAUCAUCACUUCCACGUUUGUCGAGUGCAUCUACGUGAACCUCAGGGAUGGAGUGUCGAACACGGUUCCUUUCUUGGCCAUGCUACCACUGACCGUCGCCGGGCGACUUUGGAGAGCGAACUCGGAGGAAGAAUGGGAACGACUGUCGAAGGUCGUCCCACUCACCAUCCUCCCUUACGGAGAGGCGCUUGGAUGGUGGAGGGACGAGGCACUUCAGCAUAGCCUCGACACGUUGCAGCAUCUGCUAUACGUGGCGUGUAAAGGGUUUACUGACGCGCACGCUUAG